UGACAAUAGAAAUCAGGCAAAGUAUGAAAGAACAAUUCAAACAUCAUUUUAAGUUUCAAAACAAAUUAAUUUUCUUCAAACCAGAUGUGAUAUUAGAAGCGCGCCUAUUGUUUAUUGUUUAUGGCUUAUAAAUUAAUGUACUUAACUGAACUAUCAAAAUAUAAUAAUGCGGCGUAUUUUCCCCAACAACAAUAUAAAACAGCAGGAACUUUAUAGUUCUAAAAGAUACCUACAAGUAUGAACAUACGUAUUUGCAUAAAUUUGAUCGAUGAAUCCCAAACAUUGAAAAUAAACUAUUAUCUAAUAUUUAUCCACUUGCCACUUUGAUUAUAAUAUUUAAUCCUAAAUUUUGCAACAAAACGAAGAAGGGAGAACGCAAAAUAUCAUCAAUCGGUCAAGAAUAUGACUAAUAAACAAGAUUUUCAUUUAGAGAACAUCUCUUUUUUUUAAAACCUUUCAAGCUCUUAGCUUUAGCUAACAAGAAUAUAACUUAAUAAAAAAAGAUUCUAAUUCUAUAUAAAAGAUGUUCUUGCCAACCGGAACAUUAUUACCGAGCUGAAAGUCGUGCUGUCUAUAAGCUAUCAUUCUAAACUUAUUAUAAGAAAGAAAAAAUAAUCUUUUAAUCGUUGUGAAAAUUACUCUUCAAGUUGUUGUGUAUACUAAAGGUGUUAAUUAAAAAAAUAGAAAUUUAAAUUAUUUAAAGAUGAAGUCUAUUGUGAUUGCAGUGUUAUUGAUGGUUGUUCCAACCAUCUUGUGUGAAAACAUCUUCAAAAUCAAUAUCAGCCCCGAAGAAGCGCAACAAUAUUUAAAAUCAGCGAAUCUAAACAUUGACUAUUCUCCAAAAGUCGGCGAAAACCCCCUACCAGUAGUUCAAAAUGAAAAAGGCGAACUCAUCUACCAGGGACGAAAAUACGACAAUCCAUCUGAUUAUGUUGAAGAGCAUUACACCGCUCACCAGUACCAUGGUCAAGAUGGUUUAGGUCAAUACGUUUAUGGCUACAAAGACUGGAACCAAGGCAAAGCUGAAGAGAAAACCGCCGAUGGUGUUGUCAAGGGUACCUACAAAUAUGUCAAUCCAAGAGGUAGAGAUUUCAUUGCAAACUACUAUGCUGAUCAUACUGGUUUCCAUCAUGAAGACAAUCGUCCAGCAGCAGAAAAGAAUCCCGCUACUGAAACCCCAGCUGUAAAAGCAGCCAAGGAAGAACAUUUCCGUUUGUGGAGUGAACUUGCAGCAGCCAAUGGUCAAAACCCUGAUCCAUUUAGCAGUGAUUACCAGAAAGAAGGACAAUAUGUUCCUCAAGAAUCUGAUUCAGCUUACGAACAUAUCGAACCUAAAUAUAUUCCAUCAGAUGAAGAGAAAGGUGAUCCUCAUGGUUUCUAUUAUAGCUUCGAUUAUGCUGUUCAAUUGGCACGUAAUAUUGCAGAAAGAGAAGAAUUAGAAAAGUUGCGUGCAGAAAAUAAUCAUGAUUAGAAAAAAAAAAAAACAAAUAGUUAAAUAUGAUCAUCAUCUAGUAAAUGUUUCGAUAUGUAUAUUGUGAAUACCUAUUAAAAAAAAAAUUGUUGUGAGCCAUAAAUAAGUUAAGGAUACAUUUUUUUAUUUAAUAAAUUAUAUUUAAGUAUAUUCUCAACCCAUAAUAAAAAAAAAAC